AGUGUAAUCUUGCGUUUUUCAACAAGUUUUUUAGUUUGUCUAUAAAAAUAAAAAAAGUUAAAUUAUAAAUGCAUAGGGAUCUCAGUUGUAGUCAAUAUAUAAUUAUAUAAUAUACUUUUCAAUAUAUAUUCUAUUAUCUGUAGUCUUCUUUUUGUAUGAUGUAAAUUAAUAAAUGUUUUCUACUUUUAUUACUUAAUCUCUGAAAAAUUAUAUAGAAAGUAAGACAUGAAAUUAUUACCUUGAUUUACAUAUCAAUGUAAGAGAUUUAAAGGUGACCUUAUUUUUUAAAUAAAAACCUGGUUUUCUUUAUGUAAAUCUAAAAUUUUUAUAAGCAUUUUUUUGUUUUCAUCAAUUAUAUCACAUGGGCGAAGAGAUUGAAUAGUCUAAAAAACAUUUCAUAUGUAUGAACUUGGUCACUUAUUUUCGUUUUCUUGCGAGUAAGAUCAAGACUACGUUCCGAAAUUCACUGCCAGUGCUGAAAUUUUAUAGUAUACGUGACAUGAACUGUAGAUUUUCAGUACUGGCAGUGAAUUUCAGAACGCAGCCCAAAUUAUAACGAAGGGGAGAGAGGGUGCGUUUAACGUUAUAACGAUACAUAUUCUGUGUCGUAUCUUAAAUCAUUUGAUCUACACACAAAUCUGAAAACGCUCAUGAUAACAAAUUGUGAGUAUCGAUUUUAUCUUGCUUUGUGCUGUCAUUGACGAGUUGUGUUAUGCUGAAAUUAUUAAUCAAUUUGGCUAUUUGGAUGUUUCUUCCCUUGGAUGCCGUGACAGAAAAUAAGAACCAUUCGAAUCUUCAAGAAGAGAAAAUAUUGGCGCUCCAAAAUUUUUGGGAAAAAGGACUGCUCCGUAAAAACGAUUCACACAGAUUAACAUCUUCGACUGAAAUUUCUCAGCUCAAAGACGAUUGGAUAGAAUAUAAGCGUGCAAUGAAAAGCGAAAAGGAGAAAACUUUGUUGGAUUAUAUUGGUCCAGCGAUAACGGAAGAUUCUGAUAUCAGGAACGAUCAAGUUCUCGUGAACCAUGUUCGCGUCAAGAGAAGUGACUCGAUGAAUGAUUCUCUCCUGCAUUUCCGGCUCAAGAACAAUACGAUCUAUGCGUUCGACAAAUUGCUGUCUAUGUUCAAAGGACCCUAUGCUGAUUCAAAUCACAAACUUAAAUCUGAUGUAGUCAAUACAACUACCCAUUUACGGUACAAAAGAAAAAUUCUGUCCAAAAACGAACAACAUAGAAAAUGCGUGAAAGGAAAUACUAGACAUUCGAAAUAUCACAUCAAAACCCAAGUUAGAGAUAAAAAACAUGGUGUCCUGAAAUCUUCCCGUAAGUUUUUUACGAAGAAAAGUAGCUCAGGACAAAGAAGUAAGAACACAACAAUUAAUGUGCAUACCAGAAAGAUUGACGAAUCGCAUACAGAGUCUAAAAUGAAAAAAAGGGAAACUGAAAAUAGCGGUUUGAACAUUGCCGGAGCUGGUUCUACCGACUAUGAGGGAAUGCGAGCUGAUAAAUCGGAGACACUGAUAAAGCAAAGUGAUUCAGUAUUGUUGACUAACGAUAGUAGGUCGAAAAAACAGCGAGAAGAGAACAGCGUCGUAUUACCUUUCGUGCACACUGGAAAGGCGGAAUUGCGAUUUCGUAUCGAGAAAAUCCCCGCGAAUGAAUCUUCGUUUAUUAAUACGGACAGUUGGGUAGAUCAUUCUACCACAAUUGGUCUUUCUUCAACUAUGUCAAUUCAAUCGAAAUAUGGCACAAUUGACGACAUUACCGAUGUUACAAAUUCUAAACUCGCUCCAAAUUUUGAUUACAUCGAAAGAAAGGGGAAGGAAAUGGAUAACAUAAUCAAAUUUACUUCGUCGGGAAUCGAAGCUGACCAAAACUCGGAAGAUGAGAAAUAUGAGAAAGGCAUAGAGAAAAAAGUUGCGAAAUUUGCAGACGAAGAUAUCAAGUAUCGUGCAAAGAGAAAUCAGCAAAUUAUGUCAAAACGAUACCUACAAAGCUGUAUGAACGCGAGAAGAUUAAAGCGCUUUAAAAAUACAGGACAAAAUAUCGGAGAUAUUAAACACGAAGGAACAAUGUACAAAAGGGCUUGUGGUAAUCGUGCUGUGAGAUCAAUCGAGGAGAUUAAGGACCUUGUUGAAAAAUUAGUCGUUAAGGUAAAUGAAUUACAAAUGUACGUGAGCAACUAUAGUGAAACUCCAUACACGAUGACGGAUUCUUGUCGUGUCGAUAGAAAGGCAGAUCGUAUAUCGAAAUCCUCAGGAAAAUCCAAUUACAAAUCUGAAUUUGUAAGAGAUACCGAUAAUCACAAGCGUUUAACGAACGACCGACAGGCAAUCUCAGUAGAGGCAAAAGUUUUUCAAGUGCCUUCCAGUGUCUCAAGAGUUACACGAGCAAAUUCCCGCAGCAAGAGAAAGUGGAAUAGGUGGACAGAUUGGAGCAGUUGUAGCGUUACUUGCGGCAAAGGCCGACAGAUUAGAUGGAGACAUUGUUUGCGCGAUUGCGACGAUGCGGAAAUUGAGAUGGAAGAGAAAGCUUGUCAACUGCCCGCUUGUCCGCCAGGAAAAUUUCUCGGAAUAUUUUGAAAAUCUUGCUUUUUUUCCACUAUAUAAACAAGUAGUGAUAGGUACAAGUAUCUCUCGUGUGGUUAUCCAUCGUCAUCUAUAAUAUAUGGAAUGUCGUGUGAAAUAACAACUGCAAUGAGUUCAUACUAUAUAAUGUUAUAUAUCUCUUGAUUUAUUUGAAACUAAAGCCUAAUCUACAAUAUGCUCUUUGCUUCUUUCUCUUUAUCUCUUUCUGACUCAAACCUUAAGCUUUAAGACAGAAAAAGAUAGAAGACAAGAAACAGAACGCAAAGAGCAUAUUGUAGAUCAGGCUUUAGACUCAUAUUGUCACUGUGAUUAUUGUAAGGAAUGUUUUUUGAAUGCUCGUGCACGUAUUUGAAAUAGCAACAGAUAUUAUUGAUAAUAAGAUUCGGUAUGGAGCUUGUGUGUGUAUGAAGAGAGUAAAAUUUAUUUAUAGGCAUAUUAUCAUGAAUUUAAUGCGAAUGGUAAAUUUAAUGAAAAAUCUGGAUGAAUAAGCGUAAGAAAGGCCUUUAAACUGAGUCC